CAUUGUACUUGUCUGCGGGCGCAGUGUCGUUGUGAUUAACUUUGCUGUAAUAUGAAGACAUUGGUAUUUUUGGUAGUUUUUAUCCACAGUGUUCUUGCCCAAGGACGGCCCAGGACCAUACCAUCGCCGUCAGGAAGUAGCCCAGAUGGUAAUGCACGAAUAUUAAGUGGCAAUAACGAAUUUAAUUUUGAUGGAACGUAUCAGUGGAGUUUUCAGGCGGACAACGGCAUCUCGGCACAAGAAACAAGCCAAAUAAAGAAUUCAAACUCACAGGAACCCGUAGAGGAGACCCAAGGUAAUUUUGAAUACACGGCACCAGAUGGUUCUUCAAUUCAAGUACGUUAUAUUGCUAACGAAGACGGUUUCCAACCUCAAGGUGCUCAUCUACCAGUGGCUCCGCCCAUUCCAGUUGAAAUCCAGAGGUCUCUGGAAUGGAAUGCUGCCCAUCCAGAGGAGGAUGACGCUGGAAAGGGGUCUCCUAGACGACUUUGAGAUUCCUAUACGUGUUUAUUUAGAGCAAAAAUUAUUGUUUUUUGUUGCAAUGUAUCUGGGAGUUAAUUUUUAAAUUUGCUAAGAUAUUUCUUUGAAUUUAAUAGUGUUUUAUGUAUAUUUAUAUUAUUUUAUUGAUGUGAGGUUUUAUGAUGCCAUUAUGGCAAUUAGAAACAAAAUUAAUGUGGUAUUUAUGUACUUUGAUUUAUCGUAAAUAGUAAUCAAAAUAUUUAUCUUUUAUCGAAAAUUAUAAGAGAAUUAAUAAAAAUGUAACAGUAUAAUACUGGACGGGUUAUAUUAUUAUUACUCGUGUAUGUUGCUUUAGAUAAAAAUAACUUUAUUAAAUGGAUGAAAGAGAGCACCAAGGUUAUUCUAAAAAAAUUGAAUAUAUUGUAUAUAAGUUUUAAUUGAAGAAAAAAUAAAUUAAUAUAAUCUUUCCAUUAAUGAUAAGUUGACUACAAAUUAAAGAAAGGUAGAAGAAAAGGAUCUAACUUUUUUUAUAGUGUUUUGUGUUGCUGUAGUUAUUUUUGAAAGUAAUAAACCAAGUUUCAGUUUGAUAAAAGUUUCUAUGCGUACCUGUAAAAUUGUAAAUAGAAAAAUAACUAAAUCAUUCAGAUAUUUUACAUUGUAAUCGAAAAAUCAAUUAAUUUUUGUUCUAUUUAUAUUUUAAGAUUCUCUUAGUUUUAUUGUUUUUGUGUUCAUAUAAUUUAUAAUUACCUGGUGUCCAAAUAAGAAAUGAUGCUGGCGGUUGGCGGCUGUAUGAUUCAGCUUGUAUCUCCGAAACUAUGUGUGUUAGAAUUUUGGGAAAACAAUUUUAAAUUGAAAAGUGGUCAGGAGGAAUUGCUGGAAAGCGCUGAAAGUGGCUAAAUGCUUAUUCAAAUUUUACACAUAUUACGAUUUUCACAUUUUUAAAAUAAUGUAAUACAGCAUUU